AGUCUUUCAUCUCCUACUCUCAAACUUAAAAUGGCUUCCAAGGACGACGAAGGCUCCAUUGGAACCUCCUUGCAUGGAGUCACAGCAAGAGAACAGGUCUUCUCCUUCUCUGUCGAUGUUUCAUCCCAAACUAUCAUAUCCGACGAUCCAACGGCCAAGUUUGCCAUGCCGGUUGAUUCCGAACACCGGGCCAAAGUGUUCAACCCACUCUCAUUUGCUAAACCUCACAUGAGAGCCUUCCACUUAGGAUGGGUUUCAUUCUUCACUUGCUUCAUCUCAACCUUUGCCGCGGCACCGUUAGUCCCCAUCAUCCGUGACAACCUCGACCUCACCAAAACCGACAUCGGUAAUGCCGGAGUUGCCUCCGUCUCCGGCGCCAUUUUCUCAAGGUUAGCCAUGGGAGCGGUUUGUGACCUCCUCGGUGCACGGUAUGGAACUGCCUUCUCGCUCAUGCUAACCGCUCCAAUGGUCUUCUCAAUGUCGUUUGUGACCGACGCGGGAGGAUACUUAGCCGUCCGGUUCAUGAUCGGUUUCUGUCUCGCCACGUUCGUGUCGUGCCAGUAUUGGACCAGCGUCAUGUUCAACGGGAAGAUCAUAGGACUAGUCAACGGCUGCGCCGGAGGGUGGGGUGAUAUGGGCGGUGGAGUGACUCAGCUACUCAUGCCAAUGGUCUUCCACGUGAUCAAGCUCGCCGGAGCCACUCCGUUCAUGGCUUGGCGCAUAGCAUUCUUCGUCCCUGGCUUUCUUCAAGUCGUGAUGGGCAUUCUCGUCCUCACUCUCGGCCAAGAUCUCCCUGAUGGUAACCUUAGUACCCUUCAGAAGAGUGGUCAAGUUUCUAAAGACAAAUUCUCCAAGGUUUUCUGGUUCGCUGUGAAGAACUACAGAACAUGGAUAUUAUUUUUGCUUUAUGGAUCUUCCAUGGGAAUUGAAUUGACUAUCAACAACGUUAUCUCCGGAUAUUUCUACGACAGGUUUAACCUUAAGCUUCAAACAGCCGGUAUUGUAGCAGCCAGCUUCGGCAUGGCAAACUUCUUCGCACGUCCCUUCGGUGGCUAUGCUUCUGAUGUAGCAGCACGACUCUUUGGCAUGAGAGGCCGGUUAUGGAUCUUAUGGAUCUUUCAAACCAUAGGAGCUCUCUUUUGCAUCUGGCUAGGUCGUGCUAAUACACUUCCCAUAGCAAUUUUGGCAAUGAUGCUCUUCUCAAUCGGUACACAAGCAGCUUGCGGAGCACUCUUCGGGGUUGCACCUUUCGUCUCUCGCAGAUCUCUAGGGCUCAUAUCGGGACUAACUGGCGCAGGAGGAAACUUUGGUUCCGGUGUGACUCAACUUCUUUUCUUCUCAACUUCGAGGUUUAGCACAGCGGAAGGACUCUCGUUGAUGGGAGCUAUGGCGGUUUUGUCCACGCUCCCCGUUGCGUUUAUACAUUUUCCGCAAUGGGGAAGCAUGUUUUUGAGACCGUCGAGAGAUGGAGAAAGAUCCAAGGAGGAAUAUUACUACGGCUCUGAGUGGACAGAGGACGAGAAACGACAAGGGUUGCACGAAGGAAGCAUCAAGUUCGCUGAGAAUAGUCGGUCUGAGAGGAGCCGGAAAGUAGCUUUGUCUGACAUUCCAUCACCGGAGAACAGAACUCCGACUCAUGUUUGAAGACAUUUUUCCUUAUAUAUAUAUACAUAAACCCUACCCUUUUAUUAGUUUCAUGUUCCUCUCAUAUGAGAUAUGUAACUGAGCAAGAUCUUGCUCUAAUAGGUAAGUUUCGAUGAGCUCGGUACUUGCUUCGUAUUAGUUAUUGUAAUGUCUAUCAGUUCAAUGAAAGUAAAA